AUGCACCGCUUCCCCCUCGGCGCCUUCGCCGCCGCCGCGGCGCUCGUCCUCCUCCUCCUCCCGCUGGCCUCGGCCGCCACCGCGGCGAAGGCGACGGCGAAGGCGCCCGCGGCCCCGCCGGCGCCGCCCAACAUCACGGCUCUGAUGUCCAAGGGCGCGUGCAAGGCGUUCGCGUCGCUGGUGUCCAAGUCCCCCGACGCGCUCUCCGCGUUCCAGUCGGCGGUGGGCGGCGGCGUGACGGCGUUCUGCCCGACGGACGACGCCGUGCGCGGGUUCAUGCCCAGCUACCGGAACCUCAGCGCGGACGGCAAGGCGUCGCUGCUGCUGUUCCACGCGGUGCCCGUCUACUACACGCUGCGGGGGCUCAAGUCCAGCAACGGGCCCAUGAACACACUGGCCACCGACGGCGCCGCCAGCAACUACAACCUCACGGUGCAGAACGCGGGCGACCAGGUCACGCUGCGGACGCCGGCGUCCGACGACCCGGCCCGGGUGCGCUCCACCGUGUACGACAGGGACCCCGUCGCCAUCUACGCCGUGGACGCGGUGCUGGAGCCUGUCGAGCUGUUCGACCCCGUGGCGGACGCCCCCGCGCCGGCGCCCGCGCCAGUGGCGGACGCGCCCAGGGCCUCGUCGUCCGCCAAGAGGACGCGGCACCAGCGACGGCGCGGCGCGGAUGCGCCCGGCCCCGCCGCUGACGACGCCACGCCGGCGGACCAGAGGAAGGACUCCAGGAAGAACGCGGCGGCUCCCGGCGCCCCGUGUCGCUCAAGGUGGCUCGCCGCCGUCGCCGUCGCCGUGGCCGCCGCCUUGGCUGCUUAG